AUGCAAAGGGCACCUGCUGAUUGGCAGCCGUCAAAGCAACAACAGCAGCAAAGGCAGCGACAGGAGCAUGGGGCGCAACACCUGGAUCCUGAGCAGAGUCAGGCACAGCAGCGUCAGCAACAGCGGCAGCAGCAGCAGCAGCAGCAGCAGCAGCAGCAGCAGCAUUGGCGCUACCAGUCAGAGCUAACAGAGCAGCAGCAGUACCUUCGACACCGGCAGGAGAGGCAACACCAAAAGCACGAGCAGGAGUGGGAUCGGGCUCUGCUGUUGCCCCACGACAACCUGCAGCAGCAGCAGCAGCGGCAGCAGCAGCAGCAGCAGCAGCAGCAGCAGCAGCAGCAGCAGCAGCAGCAACAGCAGCCCCAGCAGCAGCAACGGCAGCACCAGCAGCAACAACAGCAGCCAAUUCAGCAGCAGCAACAGCCCCCUGCACUUGCCCAGCACAGCCACGCAACAUGGCCGUCGGCCUCAGCAAGCUGGGGCCCCGCCCCAAACAAGCCUGUGGCGCGCAACCCCCGAGAGACUGGGUCCGGCUGGGGCGCGGCGGCGUCUGCUGCCAGUCGCCCCGCGGCCAACACCCGCCCACAGGGCGCGCGCAAGGUGCCCGCCGCCGCCGGCGGCACGCCCGCCGGCCGGGGCCAGCAACAGCAGAGGCCCCACGGCGCCAAGGGGCGUGGCGCGGGCGCGAGCGAGCGUCAGCCGCAGAAGAGCCGCGGCGCAGGGGCCGGUGGCCCUGGCAUCAACAUCACAUUCGAGCUUGUCAAGCACCCGGCCGGCGAGGCCGCGGCGGCGCGCGCCCCGAAGCUCAAGCAGGCGACCAUUGGGGACACGCUGGCGCGCCACCACCAACAGGCCAAGCGGCAGGGAGAGGAGGGGCAGCGGCAUGCGGGGGUCCAGAGGGAAGGCGAGGGGACGCUGCCAAGCCAGGGCGGCCAGCAGGCGCAGCGGGAGGGCGCAGGGGCCAACGGUUCUAAGGAUGAUGACGACGAUUUUCAGAACCCGCAGUGGCAGGAGGCCGUGGCACCAUCUGCACGUGCGGCAGCGGCUGCCAGCGGGGGAGCUGCGCGCGGCGGCGGCGCGGGCAGCGGCGGCGCAGCGCGAAGCGGCGGCGGCGGCGGCGGCGGUGGUGGCGCGAAGAGGCGCGCCUCGGGCUCAGCCGCAGGCGGCGGCCGGAGCGGCCGUGCCGCAAAGGCGCAGAAGCAGCUGCCACCGGCGGCACUGACGGUGCUUGACCUUCUCAAACAGGAGUCAGCCGCCGCCCAGGGCGGCGCCGCCGCGGCGCCCCGCGCGCUCGACGCCGCCGCGCCCGCCGCCUGGGCGGCGUUGCAGUCGUGCGUGCGCGGCGCGCGGGGCUGGGUCCUGGAGCUGCUGAUGGCGGCGGACGCCCCUGCAGCCGCGGAGGGCGGCGGGCCGGCGAGGUUCUACUACCCCGCCUCCCAGGGCCUCAGCAAGGCGCAGCUCAAAGAGCUGCGGAAGGCGGCCCGCGGCGGGCCGGCUGCGGUUGCGGCGGCGGACGACGACGGCGGGGCGGCAGGCGCGGCGUCCGGCGGGCUGCCAGCCGGGUGCUUCAGCUGGGUGGCUGGGGUGGCCCUCAUGCCGCUCGCUGACGACAACCAAAGCGCCCGGUCGGCCGCAGCUGCAUCACCAGCUCCGCCGCCGCGGCCGCCGCCAUGGCACGGUGAAGGACAAGCCCAGCCGCAAUCCAGGGCUGCCGCCAGCAGCGCCGGCGAGGGCGCUGGCGCCGGUGGCGGCAGCUGCUACGUCCUGCGAACCGCGCCCGACGGCGCCCGCGCGGCGCUCGCGGCCCCGGCGCUCGCCGCGCUGCGGCUGGCGCUCACGGGCUGCGGGCGCGGCGCGCCGUGCGUGUGCUGCGACGCCAAGGCGGCGCUGGUCGCGCUUGCGGGGCUGGGGCUGCAGCUGCCGGCGGCGGCUGACCUCACACUGGUGGACCCUCUCGUGCUGGGUUGGAUGGUGGACCCUCAGCAGUCUGGGUCCUACCAGCUGGAUCUUCUGCUCACCAAAUAUGGCCUGCAGGCGGCAGCAGCGGCGCCGCCGGGGCAGCAGCAGCAGGGGCGGCUUGGGCAGCUUCCCGAUGACUCGCCCGGCCUGGGCAGCCCGGUGCCGCCAGUGCUGGCCGUCUGGUCGCUGGCAGCAGAGGCGCUCAACCUCGAGCUCUCUCGUUGGGACCCCUCGCCCCUGCCACACCGGCGCCGUCGAUCGCAGGACGGGGCGGCGGCGGACGAGGACGCGGCGCCGCUGCGCGCGAUGUGCCGCCAGAUGGCGGCCGCAGCGCGGCUGGCCGACGCGCUGCCGGCGCGGCUGAGGGGACGGGUGUCGGCGGCCGCCAUCCGGCUGGAGACCAAGAUGGCGGGAGUCCUGGCGAAAAUGGAGCUUGCUGGCGUCGGCUGCUGCCCCUCAGUCCUGGCCGGCCACCGGCCCGCCAUCGUGGCGCGGAUGGCGGCGAUACAGGCGCGCGCCGAGGCGCUGGCAGGGCGCCCCUUCAACAUCGCGUCCGCCGGCCAGCUGGCGGCAGUCUUGUACGAAGACCUGCGCCUGCCCCUGCCGGCCAACACAGGCGCCCGCGGCGCGGCCAAGACGCACGCCCCGACCGACGAGCCGGCGCUCCGCCAGCUGGCGCCGCUGCACGAGCUGCCCGGCUUGGUCAUCGAGCACAGGUGGAGGGGUCAGGGGGCGGGGCCAGCUGGGAUGCGGGGCGGCAGCGUUUGA